AUGGGGGCAGCUCUGGAGCACCUCUUCAUCUCGGUGGGCAUGCUGGUGUGCCUGGUCUACCUGGUGAAGUGGGUGAGAUUCUCCAAAUGUAUUUACCUGCAUUUCUGGAAGGUUUUGCCAAGGUCCUUCUUGAAGUCAAUGGGACAGUGGGCAGUGAUCACUGGAGCAGGAGAUGGGAUCGGGAAAGCGUACUCCUUUGAGCUAGCAAGACAAGGACUCAAUGUUGUGCUGAUCAGCCGGACAUUGGAAAAACUACAGGCUGUUGCCAUGGAGAUUGAGUCGACCACAGGGAGCAGUGUGAGAAUUAUACAAGCAGAUUUUACCAAGGACGACAUCUAUGGGUAUAUUGAGGAAAAACUUAAAGGCUUAGAAAUUGGAAUUUUAGUCAACAAUGUUGGAAUGCUUCCAAGCCUUCUCCCGAGCCAUUUCCUUGAUACGCCACAUGUCAUCCAGAGCGUCAUCCACUGUAACAUCACCUCCGUAGUGAAGAUGACCCAGCUCCUUCUGAGGCACAUGGAGUCCAGGCGGAAAGGGCUCAUCUUGAACAUUUCUUCUGGGGUGGCCCUGUUUCCCUGGCCUCUAUACUCCAUGUAUUCAGCUUCCAAGGCUUUCAUGUGCACGUUUUCCAAGGCACUGCAAGCGGAAUAUAAAGCCAAAGGAAUCAUUAUCCAGGUGCUGACCCCAUACGCUGUCUCCACCCCAAUGACCAAGCACCUCAACACCAGCCCCAUAACCAAGACUGCCGACGACUUUGUUCGAGAAUCACUGAAUUACAUCACGCUGGGAGACGCAACCUGUGGCUGCCUCGGCCAUGCAAUCAUGGCGAGCUUGCUGGGCCUGGUCCCCUCGUGGGCUUUCUACAGCAGCGCGUUCAAGAAGCUGCUCCUGACUCAUUACACCAACUACCUCAAGCGGAACGCCAGCAUCGGGUAG